UAACGAGGGAAGGAUUUAAAUCAAUGUUUUGUAAAAUAUUUUGGCAUGGCUGGUUUUUUGUGUGAACUAAGCCUAGCAGAAUCGAUGGAAGGAGGCAGGAGCGUGGGCUGGGUCACCUGAGCGUCCUGCCCGAUGGAGGGAAAUACCCAGCUGCUGGUUUGCAGGGAAAUAGCCUUGUCAUCUCAGUUGUGCGGCCUCCCGCCAGCCUUUUGCGCAAGUGCUGAAGUCCUCAGUAAAUCAGGCAAUAGUGGAACUUGGUAGUUCACUGAGCACUAGUCCUGCCAGCUUCAAUUUCGCCCGGGUUCACCGUACCUCUCUUAAGGCAGAAUUUUCUUUAAGUCAGAUGCCUUCUGGAGAAGCAGCUGAAAGGAAUAACUCCCAGAAGCCACAUUAAAAGUUUUAAAAUCAAUUAAAUGUAAGGAACUUGUUUUUUUAAACUUUUUUUUGUGAAUAUUGACAUACUCUCAUAUCAUUUUAGAUUGAAAGGAGAUAAACUGCAAACUAAUGUGUUUCCAAGCCAGUUUCCUGCACAUGUGCCCAAUACAGUGUGUUAAUGCCUUUCAUGGAGUAUGCUGUGUUGUCUGGGUUUCUCUUGUUUCUGAAGUUUUAAGCUAUUAAACAUUUGAAUAUUCAUGCACAUGAGUUUUUACUCCUGUCGUAUUACAUUGGUCCAGUCUAAUUAUUAGUAAAAUGUAGGAUAAUGCCACCAGUCUUGUAAAUGUAAAAUUUAACACAGUAUGAAAAGCUGAGGUUUGACUUUAUUAGAAGAGAGUAUGAACUCGUUGAUUAAAGUAUGUGAAAAUGUUGAUGCCUUACCGUUUAUGUCACUUAGUUAAGCUAUUACGAUUAAUAAUUCAGCUGAUUGAUCUUGACUACCUGUUAAUUGUGUGGUGUGGUGGUUGAACAUGCCUUCAGAAUUGUUUGUUCUUGUUUUGUCUUGCAAGUUGUUUCUGAAAACUGCUUGAAUAAAAAUCCUUUCUGCUUAGGAAGGCGAGGAGCAGGAGGGAGGUGUAGUUAAGCCCGGCCCAUUUUCCCCUGUGGAGCGUCAGGUGCGGUUUCGGUGCAGACAGAGCUGGUGAGGCAGGAGGAGCCACCUCGACAGCAGGUCAGAGAAGUCGGGUUGGUGGAGAGGAACGGGGAAUCGCUCUUGUGUUACGUGAAGGGGAACAGCAGAGGAGGAGGAAGGACUAAGUAUGGGUGGUGGAAACAGGACUGGAAUUGGAGCGGGUUCAUUAGUGAAUUCAGCACUGAACAUGGUCAGACCCCGUGGUAGAAGAAACAUAUUCCUUGUGGUUACCUGGCUGGAGAACAAGGAUGUGCAGUACAGUUCAACACUGCGCCGCGGUUUGCUGUGUUUAGAGGUUUUGUAAGAUAACCCCUAUUUGUGUUUCCUCUGGAGAUACAUCGCAGAAGUAAUAUAGAGGUUGAACCUUAAGAUUUUCAAAGAAAAUGAAAGCUGCGUUGCUAUCAUUGUGGAAAGAGCAAUCGUCCUCUGGUCAGGUCAGUCUGCGCUCCUUCUCUCCUCUUGGGGGGAGCGUUCCAGGCUUGGAGAGCUGCGCCCAAGGGGUCUGUCCACAUCCUGACCAGUUUAGUACAAUGAGGGGAAAAAACCAAAACUCAUUAGCCAUAGGAAUUAAGCAUGUGUUGGGUGGGAGGGCUUUCUUUUAGAUUGAUGCAAAUAAUGUCAAUCCAUCUGUUCUACAUAGAGAGUUACGUUAUUUCGAAGGGCUGUACUCUGUGAGGAAGAGGAAGGGUGAAGUAGAAGCGUAUGAUUAACCUCCGUUCCUGUGAAGUACUGAUUGAGCCAGCUUUGCACCUCACCGUGUUCUCUUUUAUAUGCUUGAGUUCACAGAGAAUGGACUUGCAGUGCGGGGGGCUUUGAGAAACGUGCUUUUGUAAUCAAUAACUUGCAGGUAUGAUGCAGUUUUGCUUUUUUUGUGGAUAUUUGGGGUUUUUCUGCCUUGGCUAAUCACAGGUGGUUGAAUAAAUGUUGAAACUGAAAUCCCAGUGAGUUGGAGCAAACACUAGUCCUUUUCCUUAAAACAAAUAAAUUAGAAAAUUGGGCUGUGGUAGAUGGCUGACUUAACAUUAAGAAUGAAAUUACUGGAAAAAGCAGAAUUCAGCUCUCUGACACCUCAGCCUGUGGAGCGACCAACAGGGGCCGCGUCCUGACACCAGGAGGAAUCACAGAGGUGGCAGAAGGAUUCACCCGCCUUUCUGUGUCGAGCAGGUAUGAAAUUCAGGUAAGAAGUCACUUGUGUCCUCAGUGCAUCAGGAUUUUAGUUGGCCCUGCGGCUACAGGCCUAGUUGAGGGGUCAGCAUUCAGCGCUUGAGGCUCUAAUUACUUUAUUUCUUACUGCUAAAUGUAAUUUGUCACCUGUUGUCGAGCAUUUUUGCCUAGCCUUGUGACAGCAAUUCAGUGUUUCAAAGGAUUUUAAACGAGUUUACAGUGCAGAGAGGUAAGGCAUAAAAUGUACCCACGAUGCCAUACGUGGGGUGGAUAGUGAGAAGAAUUAGAUUACAGCAUAUCGCAAUUAAAUGCGAAAAGCAUAAGAGUUAGGGGUUUUGCUCGUGGCUGAGCUGGGGGCCCGGCGGGGCUGAGCCGUGUCACAGCGUGUGCUGGAGGCAGAUCCAGAGGAGAUCGCGGCCGCCCACGUGCUCACAUCUGCAGUCUGUCAUAAUGCAGCACCGCGCAGCCCGCCGAGACACCCACAGCGGGGCGGGAGACGCUGAAGGGGCCGUUUUGCACUGAAAUACCCGUUUAUUCUGUAGAGUAUGAAAUAAAGGACGUUGUGCUUACGUGUGUAUUUGAUAACGAAUCCUCCCUUGCUUCUGAAGCUCAGCCUGGUGGUUGUGAACAUCAAAUCUACAGCGCACUUUUGUUAGACGUGUCCUAUGUCUGAAGUAUUGCUUUGUAUAUUAAUGAAUUUCACUGAACUGUUAGGUGAGAUGCUGUGGUGGUUCUUUAUAUUAUAAUGGUAGAAAUUAUCUGGGCUUCACGUGAAUUUUGUCGCUAGUUUCUUAUUAAUCCUGCUCUUCUUUUACUCCCACACCUAGCUGAGAAAAUGUUUCCUGUGUUCAGGGAGUACCAGCGUUCUCCAUCAGAGGUCACCCCGUGCUGAGCGAUGCUGAGCGAUGCUGAGCGAUGCUGAGCGAUGCUGAGCGAUGCUGAGCUCCAGCAGACCUGCGCAGUCCGGUGGGAUUCGUGCACUCCGGAGAGCUGAAAGCUUGGAUCCGAGUUGUCUUAACUUGGAAAAGUCAGAUUUUAAGAGCUAUGUAAACUUGCAGCAAGAUUUAGACACGUCCCAGGUGAAUCGUUAUAGGAAAGAAGCUGAGUCCAGUACGGACUUUUCUCUCCAAGCUGGGAUUUGAAGGAGUAUGGCUGGCGGCGGGGAUACGUGAACGAGACAGCUGCAGCGUGGUUAUUAAACCCGGCCGAGGUGACUGAACCCACGGUGCAGUUUUAACCCAAAGAUAGCUGUCUUGACGAGAAGAGCACCCGGGAAGCUUUCUGCAGGAAGCCAAGAAGGUGCAAUACGGGAGAUGCAGCAGGGAGCCUUUGGCAGGUGGCGGUGGUGACGCACGGAAGUUACUUUGCCUUCGGAAAGAAAAAAAAGCCCUCUGUGCUGCUUAUGUAGGUGUAUAUUUGCGAUCUCCCUUCUCCUCCAAGAAGUUGCCGGGGUGGGGAGGCAGCAGUUGCUCGCCCUGGGCAGCAGCAGCAGCAGAUUAUGGUGGCAGCGCAGCAGUGAGCACGGCGGCGGCGGCAGACCUGAGCCGCCAAUGUGUUUGCCCUUUAAGCUCGUUCAUCGUCGCUGGGAAGUGCCACCUGAAGCUCCGACAGGCAUCACUAACGUUGUGAAGGGGCAAACCCCGCGGGGGGAAGGAGCCAAGGGAAGGGGGGGCUGGGUUCUGUGUGUGCUGGUGGGCAGAGGGGAUUGGUUAUCAUGGCGGAUCGGACAGCUCCCAGAUGCCAGCUCCGGCUGGAGUGGGUUUACGGGUACCGGGGUCACCAGUGCCGCAACAACCUGUACUACACGGCAGGCAAAGAGGUGGUUUACUUCGUGGCUGGAGUCGGCGUGGUUUAUAACACCAGAGAGCACAGCCAGAAAUUCUUCCUCGGGCACAACGAUGAUAUUAUCAGCCUUGCGGUUCACCCGGAUAAAACUUUAGUAGCUACAGGGCAGGUUGGGAAGGACCCUUACAUCUGCAUCUGGGAUUCCUACCGCGUGCAGACGGUGUCUGUUCUGAAGGACGCGCACACGCACGGGGUUGCCUGCUUAGCUUUUGACUCGGAUGGCCAGCGUUUAGCUUCGGUGGGACUGGAUGCCAAAAAUACGGUGUGUAUUUGGGACUGGAAGAGAGGAAAACUACUGGCGACAGCUACAGGCCAUUCAGACAGGAUAUUUGAUAUUUCCUGGGAUCAGUAUCAACCAAAUAGAAUCGUCAGCUGUGGAGUAAAACACAUAAAGUUUUGGACGUUGUGUGGAAACGCACUGACAGCAAAGAGAGGAAUAUUUGGUAAAACUGGAGAUCUCCAAACUAUCCUUUGUUUAGCAUGUGCAAAAGAAGAUAUCACGUACUCUGGUGCUUUAAAUGGGGACAUCUAUGUUUGGAAAGGGCUGAACUUAGUCCGCACAAUUCAAGGCGCACAUAGCGCUGGAAUUUUUAGUAUGUAUGCUUGUGAGGAAGGUUUUGCCACUGGAGGGAGAGAUGGUUGCAUUCGGUUAUGGGACACUGAUUUCAAACCAAUUACUAAAAUUGAUCUCAGGGAGACUGAACAAGGAUACAAAGGUUUGUCCAUCCGAAGUGUCUGUUGGAAAGCGGACAGACUUUUAGCGGGGACACAGGACAGUGAAAUAUUUGAGGUGCUGGUGAGGGAGCGAGAUAAACCCAUGCUGAUCAUGCAGGGCCAUUGCGAAGGGGAGCUCUGGGCCCUGGCCGUCCACUCCAAGAAGCCUUUAGCAGUCACAGGCAGUGAUGAUCGCUCUGUACGAUUAUGGAGCCUUGCUGACCAUGCCCUGAUAGCUCGGUGUAAUAUGGAAGAAGCCGUGCGGAGCGUGGCUUUCAGUCCCGAUGGGUCGCAGUUGGCUCUCGGAAUGAAGGAUGGCUCCUUCAUUGUUCUUCGAGUACGAGACAUGACAGAGGUCGUUCACAUUAAGGACCGAAAAGAAGUAAUCCAUGAAAUGAAAUUUUCGCCGGAUGGCUCUUACCUCGCCGUGGGUUCUAACGACGGCCCGGUGGAUAUCUAUGCGGUUGCUCAGCGAUACAAAAAAAUAGGAGAAUGCAACAAAUCUUCUAGUUUCAUUACUCAUAUUGACUGGUCGGUGGAUAGUAAAUUCUUGCAAACCAACGAUGGUGCGGGAGAGAGACUGUUCUACAAGAUGCCGUCUGGGAAGCAUCUAACUAGCAAAGAGGAGAUCAAAGGAAUUCACUGGGCCUCCUGGACCUGUGUGAUAGGAUCUGAAGUGAAUGGAAUUUGGCCCAAAUAUACAAACAUUACGGAUGUCAACUCUGUGGAUGGAAAUUACAACAGCUCAGUGCUCGUGACUGGAGAUGAUUUUGGACUGGUUAAAUUAUUCAGAUUUCCAUGCUUAAAGAAAGGAGCUAAAUUUAGAAAAUACGUUGGCCAUUCAGCACAUGUAACCAAUGUCCGCUGGUCCCAUGAUUUUCAGUGGGUUUUAAGUACAGGAGGUGCUGAUCACUCUGUUUUUCAGUGGCGAUUUAUUCCGGAAGGGAUAACAAAUGGCAUCCUUGAAACAUCUCCGCAAGAGGGUGGUGUUGAUUCCUACAGCGAAGAAUCAGAUUCGGAUUUAUCCGAUGUGCCAGAGUUAGAUUCUGACAUUGAGCAGGAAGCUCAAAUCAACUAUGAUCGCCAGGUUUACAAAGAAGACCUACCUCAGCUGAAACAGCAAAGUAAAGAGAAGAACCAUUCUGUGCCCUUCCUUAAGAGAGAGCGGGCGCCCGAGGACAGUUUGAAGUUGCAGUUUAUACAUGGUUAUAGAGGCUAUGACUGUCGGAAUAACUUGUUCUACACACAAAGCGGAGAAGUAGUGUAUCAUAUUGCUGCUGUAGCUGUGGUGUACAACAGGCAACAGCACACUCAAAGGCUGUAUCUCGGUCACGACGACGACAUCCUCAGCCUGAGCAUCCACCCAGUGAAAGACUACGUUGCUACUGGACAGGUUGGAAGAGAUGCUGCUAUCCAUGUUUGGGACACACAGACACUGAAAUGUCUGUCGUUGCUCAAAGGCCAGCAUCAAAGAGGAGUGUGUGCACUGGAUUUUUCAGCUGAUGGAAAAUGCUUGGCAUCGGUUGGGCUCGAUGAUAAUCAUGCCAUUGUGUUUUGGGACUGGAAAAAGGGAGAAAAGCUGGCAACAACCAGGGGCCAUAAAGAUAAAAUAUUUGUAGUGAAGUGUAAUCCACAUCACGUAGACAAACUUGUCACAGUUGGGAUGAAGCACAUCAAAUUUUGGCAGCAAACAGGUGGAGGCUUUACAUCAAAACGAGGAACAUUUGGAACUACCGGGAAGCUGGAAACGAUGAUGAGUGUUUCAUAUGGGCGAAUCGAAGAUCUGGUGUUCUCCGGCGCUGCUACUGGAGACAUUUACAUCUGGAAGGACACUCUGUUGCUUAAGACAGUGAAAGCCCAUGACGGGCCUGUAUUUGCCAUGCAUGCCUUGGAUAAGGGGUUUGUAACUGGUGGAAAGGACGGAAUCGUGGCACUUUGGGAUGAUAUGUUUGAAAGAUGUCUGAAGACGUAUGCUAUUAAGAGAACAGCACUCUCUUCUAGUUCUAAAGGUUUGCUUUUAGAAGACAAUCCCUCUAUUCGAGCCAUCAGCCUGGGACAUGGCCAUAUACUAGUGGGAACUAAAAAUGGAGAGAUACUCGAAAUUGAUAAAAGCGGCCCUAUGACUCUACUUGUUCAGGGACAUAUGGAAGGAGAAGUCUGGGGCUUGGCAGCUCAUCCCCUCCUGCCCGUGUGUGCGACAGUGAGUGAUGAUAAAACCCUGCGGAUCUGGGAACUGUCAUCCCAGCACCGCAUGCUGGCAGUGAGGAAGCUCAAAAAAGGUGGCCGAUGCUGUGCCUUUUCUCCUGACGGGAAAGCCUUGGCCGUGGGGCUGAAUGACGGGAGUUUUCUGGUGGUAAAUGCCGACACUGUUGAAGACAUGGUCUCUUUUCACCACAGGAAGGAAAUGAUCUCAGACAUAAAGUUUUCACGAGAAUCAGGAAAGUACCUGGCUGUGGCUUCCCAUGAUAAUUUUGUAGAUAUUUACAAUGUGCUCACCAGCAAAAGAGUUGGCAUUUGUAAAGGUGCCUCCAGCUAUAUCACACACAUUGACUGGGACUCAAGAGGAAAGUUAUUGCAAGUCAAUUCUGGUGCCAAAGAACAACUAUUUUUUGAAGCGCCAAGGGGGAAAAGGCAUGUUAUAAGAAUUGCUGAGAUAGAGAAGAUUGAGUGGGACACCUGGACAUGUGUUCUGGGUCCUACUUGUGAAGGAAUUUGGCCCAUGCACAGCGAUGUCACCGUUGUGAACGCCGCUAGUCUGACAAAAGAUGGGACGCUUUUGGCUACAGGAGAUGAUUUUGGUUUUGUGAAGCUUUUUUCCUAUCCGGUAAAGGGCCAACAUGCAAAAUUCAAGAAGUACGUGGGUCACAGCGCACAGGUAACCAACGUGCGGUGGUUGCACAAUGAUUCUGUGCUGCUGACUGUAGGUGGUGCUGACACAGCUCUCAUGAUCUGGACCAGAGAAUUUUUGGGCAUUCAGGAGAGUAAGCUGGUGGAUAGUGAAGAAUCAGACACAGACGCAGAAGAAGAUGGAGGUUAUGAUAGUGAUGUUGCAAGAGAAAAAGCAAUUGACUAUACCACUAAGAUCUAUGCAGUAAGCAUCCGAGAAAUGGAAGGGACAAAACCACAUCAACAGCUGAAGGAAGUUUCAGCGGAAGAGAGACCACCAGUUAGCAGAGCUGCUCCUCAACCUGAAAAACUGCAAAAGAACAAUAUCACCAAAAAAAAGAAACUGGUUGAGGAGCUGGCUCUAGACCAUGUUUUUGGAUACAGAGGAUUCGAUUGCCGCAACAACCUUCAUUACCUAAAUGAUGGUGCUGAUAUUAUUUUCCACACAGCUGCGGCAGGCGUGGUUCAAAAUCUUUCUACUGGUAGUCAGAGUUUCUACCUGGAGCACACCGAUGACAUUCUCUGCCUGACUGUGAAUCAACACCCAAAGUAUAAAAAUAUCGUGGCUACCAGCCAGAUCGGUGAUAUGACAGAAUUCCCAGGUACAACUCCCACCAUUCAUAUCUGGGAUGCCAUGAGCAAGCAAACGAUCUCAAUGCUGCGCUGCUUCCACACCAAAGGGGUCAACUACGUCAACUUCAGCGCGACGGGCAAACUGCUGGUGUCGGUGGGAGUGGAUCCCGAGCACACGGUCACCGUCUGGAGGUGGCAAGAAGGGGCCAAAGUGGCUAGCAGGGGAGGACACCUGGAGAGGAUAUUCGUUGUGGAGUUCCGCCCGGAUUCAGACACUCAGUUUGUGUCUGUGGGGGUAAAACACAUGAAGUUCUGGACACUAGCGGGCAGUGCUUUGCUUUAUAAGAAAGGAGUCAUUGGUUCCAUGGAAGAUGCCAAAAUGCAAACCAUGCUUUCUGUUGCCUUCGGAGCAAAUAACCUCACGUUUACUGGUGCCAUAAAUGGAGAUGUCUACGUCUGGAAGGAUCAUUUCCUGGUUAGACUUGUGGCCAAAGCUCACACAGGGCCGGUGUUUACGAUGUACACAACCCUUCGAGAUGGACUCAUUGUUACCGGAGGGAAGGAGAGACCCACGAAGGAGGGGGGAGCUGUGAAGCUGUGGGAUCAGGAGAUGAAGCGGUGCCGAGCGUUCCAGCUGGAGAGCGGGCAGCUCAUCGAGUGCGUGCGCUCGGUCUGCAGGGGGAAGGGGAAAAUUUUAGUGGGAACAAAAGAUGGAGAAAUCCUUGAAGUAGGAGAAAAAAAUGCAGCGUCAAACUUGUUGAUCGACUGCCACAUGGAAGGGGAAAUCUGGGGCUUAGCAACUCACCCCUCAAAGGACAUAUUUAUCUCUGCAAGUAACGAUGGAACAGCGAGAAUCUGGGACCUGUGUGACAAAAAACUGCUGAACAAAGUGAAUCUGGGUCACCCGGCGAGAUGUGCCGCGUAUAGUCCUGACGGUGAGAUGGUUGCAAUUGGCAUGAAGAACGGAGAGUUCGUUAUUUUACUUGUAAACAGCCUUAAGGUUUGGGGCAAAAAGCGAGACAGGAAGUCUGCGAUCCAGGAUAUCAGGAUCAGCCCGGAUAACAGGUUUUUGGCAGUGGGUUCACAAGAACAGACUGUGGAUUUUUAUGAUCUCACUCAAGGUACAACCCUGAACCGAAUCGGCUACUGCAAAGACAUCGCGAGUUUUGUCAUCCAGAUGGAUUUUUCUGCAGACAGCAGGUACAUCCAGGUAUCAACGGGUGCCUAUAAGCGUCAGGUUCACGAGGUACCACUGGGAAAGCAAAUAACGGACCCUGCAGUGAUCGAAAAGAUCACGUGGGCCACGUGGACCAGCAUCCUGGGAGACGAAGUCAUUGGAAUUUGGCCGCGAAACGCAGAUAAAGCAGAUGUCAACUGCGCCUGCGUGACCCACGCCGGCCUAAAUGUAGUCACAGGAGACGACUUUGGCCUGGUGAAACUGUUUGAUUUCCCAUGCACCGAAAAAUUUGCCAAACACAAGCGGUACUUCGGGCACUCCGCGCAUGUCACCAACAUACGCUUUUCUCACGAUGACAAGUACGUGAUAAGUACGGGAGGCGACGACUGCAGCGUGUUUGUGUGGCGAUGCCUCUGAGAGGAGCCGCUCGGGGCAGGACGGCCGCCCCGCCCCAUCCUCCCUGACCGCGGUGAACGUGAUCUCGCGCCCGGAAGCUGAAGCGUGGAAGGGAACGGCUCUGUGACCCGGGUAGGCCCAAGUGCUGAACAGUUCACUCACAAAGCUGCUUUUGCCUAAUACUGUGUUAUUCAAACCGUGUCUGAAAAGGGAGCACACUGAGAAAAGGCUGGGCCCUUUAAUUGGUGCCAUUUCCAAAUUGACGAUUGAACUUUUGAUCAAGAAGUUGGUGGUUUUUAACCACACUUGUUUCAAAACUCCAAUCUGGUGCACUGAGCAAACCUGCAAGUGUUUAAUGAGCAUGCUGGGGUUCCCACUUCAGCUUCCAGUAAUUGAAGGAGCAAAGUAUCAUUUUUUUUUAAGUGUGUUUUAUUUUUAAAUAUAUAUUUGGCAAUUUUUUCUAUCCAUUAAGUGCCUUUGAAUAAUUUCCCAGUAGUGUGGGCUACAGUCUUGCCUCCCGCCAGUUGCUUUCAACAUACGGUGCUAUAACUUUGACACAGGAGGGCUAAUAACCAUCACCACCUGUUCCAGCCGCACACCCACAUUCUCCCGGCCUCGCUUUGUCUGUCCUACCUUCACACCCGAGUUCCAAAGUGUUUCCAACAGCGAGAAGCUGCGCGCUGUUGUAAGGACGCGCUCCCGGCGGCGUUCCGCCUCUGGGCUCCCCGUGCAGCACCGGGGCUCCCGCUGCAGCCCCACCAUGACCCGCAAACGGUGAGUAGGGGCAGAGCAGGGAGACCCCGGUUAAAUUGUAACACAAAUGACAAGAAGGUUGUUCCCCAAGCGCUCCUGCGCUCUGGCUGUGGGAAAAUGUGCUUUAGAGGUGAGUGUGGCACAGGCGGCGGCCAGCUCGUCUUGUUCAGAAGGGGUCUGGAAGAUCCAGAAUCCUCCUUUCCCACUUUCCCAUUCUGGAGGCGCCUCCUGAAGCCGCCCCGAGUGAUCUCGGAACGCCUGGUGCCCUCUGGCCAGCAGCGCGUCCUGUGCUGCUUAGGAGUAGAAAACAAUCACUCCGAUACCAGAAAAUUCACCUGUCCUUGGGAAAAGCCCCGUUUGUGCUAAGCUUGGGCUCCUCUCCCCAGGAGCGCUUCUCUUGCAGCCGCUCGGCUGUGGGAGCAGAAGAGUCCAACCACGGAGCCCCCGUGCAGAUGUUCCCAAAAGGCAAGUAAAGCUGUUCCACCUUUGUUAACAAACACUUUGUCAAAACCCAAAGCUACAGGGACAAUGGAACGGGAGAAAGGAAACUAAGUUCCACUUUGUCCACCGAAACUGUUUAGAAAGGAACAGAAAAGGUGGGCAAUGUCAAAACAAAUGAUUUUUGCGAUUUCUGGCAUGGAACAACAUCCAUAAUUUGAAAUUGCUUUUCUUUAAAAAAAGCUGUUUGUUAACCAAAAGAAAGAAAGGCCAAAAUGAAACACUUAGACUUGCCUGUAGGCUUUGAAAGGAAACGUUAACUAACUAGUGCUCUAGCCCCAGUUCAGGAAAACGCCCCUUCGAGCGUGGAGCCUCGUGUGCUGCAGAACGGCCACUUCGAUGGACAGGUAACACACAAAAGUGCUUCAGCAACCUCCAACAAUCACCUCUUUUUAAAACCGAAUUUAUUAAUGCCUUAUAUUACUAUACAGAAGAUCAGUUUGUCAGAUACACAACAAGAGUCCCUAUGCAGUCUUUUUUUUAAAGAAACCUCCUCGAUCAAGUAAUGUACUCGUUAGGUGGUGAUGUCAGUGACACCUGCUUUGCCUGCCUUGUACUAAUGUUUGCCUUCCUUCCACUCUGAUUGUAUCCCCAACAAAACCAGUGGCGUGGCAGAAUCAAUUAAUCAAGGGUGAUGUGAUAAAGAUCUUAAAGCAAUAGUGUCUGCCAGGAAAACACCUAAAAUUUGUAUGUUUAUAAGGUUUGGCUUUAUGUAUAAUAUGUUCAGAAGUAAUGCUGUAUUAUUCUGUAAACUAAAAUAUUAGUGCAUGGAUUUAUUUUUCACUGGUCAAGAUGCCAUUAAUUUAAAAUCUGUGUCUCAAAUAAAUUUGGAUACAAGUU